ACUAAAAAUCAAAUCUUACAAAUCCCCACUAAGGUUUCCCACUUUCUCUCUCUGUCAUAUGUUUCUACGUACUAUUUAUUUUUAGGUUAAUACUUUUCAGUAAUAAUACCUCAUUAUUAUAUAUUUUUGUUUAUAAAACAAUCACCUAACCUUCAUAAUGUAUUAACUAGUAACUACUUGUGCCACUAUCAUCAUAUUCUCUUAAUUCUUCCUAUAUAGUUCCUACAACAGCAACCACAAGAAGAUUUUUUAUUCUACUUUUUCUUGAUGGAUGGAAAACCUUACCCUCCUCCUGCAGUACUGCCAUGUAUAGAAGUCUCAUCUAAUUCAUCACCAACACCUUCAGCUUCAGCUUCAUCUUCAUCUCCAUCAGUACGAUACCGUGGAACACGUUGCCGGAGCGGAAAAUGGGUAUCGGAGAUACGUGAGCCACGUAAAACGAAGCGCAUUUGGUUAGGAACUUACCCUACAUCUGAAAUGGCUGCUGCUGCUUACGACGUUGCUGCUCUCGCUUUGAAAGGACCUGAUACGUUUCUCAAUUUUCCUAAUUCAAUUCUCUCUUAUCCUAUUCCUGCUUCAAUGUCUCCAACUGAUAUUCGUGCUGCUGCUGAAGCUGCAGCACAAGCUAGAAUCGUCAAUGUAAUCAGAUCUUCUCAAUCUCAACAAGAAGAAAAAGAAAAAGAAAACCCUUCAUGUUUUGAAGGAUCUAAUUCAGAUAGUGGACAUCAGCAACAAUAUAUUGAUGAAGAUGAGUUGUUGAAUAUGCCAAAUUUGUUGGAUGAUAUGGCGAGAGGAAUGCAGGUUAGUCCACCAAGGAUCACUUCAUUUUCUAAUUAUUCUGAUCAUGAUAAUUCACCCUCAAAUUCUGAUUCUGGAGGAGGAGAUAAUCUUUGGAGUUACACUUUUUGAAGACAUUCAUUCAUUUCUUGCGUCUCUCUGGUAGAUCUUAAUUUGGUUUUCUUCAUUUUACCCCUUUUUUUACCUACCUACCUACCUACUUAUGCUUCACUUUGAUUUGUUAAUCACUCUGGUUUGGAUCUCCAUGUGUAUAUACAUAAUUUAGAAUGAACUAAUUAGGUCACUUUCAUUUCUUCAUCACUUCUGAAUGUGAUAGAUCUGUAUGAUCUAUUCAAUUAGGGAGCUAGAAUACAACCUACCUAUAUAUGUCAUUUCAGUGUAAAAACGAUUCAACUUUUGAUUCUUGAUAUUUUUAGGUAUUACACUCUAUCAAACAUAUGAUUUCAUCUUUGUAUGGAGUUUGCCCUUUUCUGCUAUUUCUGUUAAAUAAAAUAACUUUUGCAGUUCA